UCUCGCCCUGUAAAAUCUAAACCUUUUUACUCCUUCAUCGCUAUUUAUCUCUCCGUUAAAUUUAAUUAUUAUUUUAUUUUAUUUUAUUUACGUUUAAUUUUAAAUUUUUAAAUUUUUUUUUAUGAUUGCCGUUAUCCCGUUAUCUUUACCUACAUAAUCUAAAUUCAUUAUUAUCAUUCAUCAUCAUCAUUAUCAUCUUUUACUAUAUAUUUAACCGUUUCAAUUCCCCCAUUAUACAUCUUUUAUUUUGCAUUCAUUUAUUCAUUUUUUAUUUAUUCACUUUAAUUUAAUUUAACUCAACGAUGAAUACAAUAAAAUCAAGAACUGAAGAACAUCUUCAUACGAUUUUAUCCAAUAAAUCAGAAUUAAGAUCAAUUGAUCCCUUACAUGUGGCCAAUGAUGAUGAAUUAUUAGCCCAAAUCGGGUAUAAACAAGAAUUAAACAGACAUUAUUCCACUUUACAAGUGUUUGGUAUUGCCUUUAGUAUUAUGGGUCUUUUACCAUCUAUUUCUUCAACUAUCUAUACUGGUUUAGAAUCAGGUCCUGUUGGUUUGGUUUGGGGUUGGUUUGUUGCUGGUAUUUUCAUCUUAUGUACCGGUAUUUCAAUGACUAUCUUGGGUUCAUCCAUGCCAACUUCAGGUGGGUUAUAUUAUUAUACUAAUUAUUAUGCUCCUGAUUCAAUCAGAGUUCCAUUAAGUUUUAUGAUUGCUUGUUCAAAUUCUCUUGGUUUAGUUGGAGGUAUUUGUUCGAUCUGUUAUGGGUUUGCUGUUGAAGUUUUAUCCGCUGUUUAUAUCAAUUAUGAUGGUAAUUUUGAAAUUACAAAUGCAAAAUGUUAUGGUAUUUUUGCUGCUUGUGUGAUUUCCAACGUUAUAAUUUGUUGUUUAACCACAAAGCAUACAGCAACUUUACAAACCGUUUCUAUUUGUGUCAAUUCAUUCCUUUGUCUUUUAUUCCUUAUCGCUGUCCCAGUCGGUGCUGGUAAAAGUUAUGGUUUUAAUGAUGCUCAUUAUAUCUUUGGUGAUUUAGAUAAUACUAGAACUUGGAAUUCAGGUUGGUCAUUCAUGCUUUCUUGGAUGCCAGCCAUUUGGACCAUUGGGGCCUUUGAUUCUGUCAUUCAUUGUUCAGAAGAAGCUAAAAACGCUCAAAGAGCUAUUCCAUACGGUAUCAUUGGUUCUAUCUCUGUUUGUUGGAUUGUGGGUUGGUUUAUUGUUAUUGUCGCUGUGGCAUGUAUCAAAGAUGGUGAUACUGCUGCUGCCUUAGAUUCCGCUACUGGAUCUCCAAUGGCCCAAAUUAUUUAUGAUGCCUUAGGUAAACAAUGGGCCGUUGCAUUCAUGGCUUUAAUCGCAUUAGGACAAUAUUUAAUGGCUUGUUCAAUCAUGGUGGCUGCUUCAAGACAAAUUUGGGCUUUUGCUAGAGAUGAAGGUUUACCAUUUGUUUAUAUGUAUGUUAAAUAUGUUAAUCCAGUUAUUAAAGUUCCUAUCAGAGCUACCAUGUUUGCCGGUUGCAUUUCAUUAUUAUUAGGAUUAUUAGUAUUAAUUAAUGGUACUGCUGGUUCCGGAGCUUUAUUUUCAUUAGCUGUUGCUUCAAAUAUUUUAGCAUGGGGUGUUCCAGUAUUAUUAGUGAUUUUACCAUAUGGUAGAAAGAGAUUUAUUCCAGGUCCAUUUUAUUUAGGUAAGAUUGGUUCAUUCUUAGUUAAUUUAACCACAGUAUGCUGGAUCACCUAUGUUAUCAUCAUGUCAAUGUUCCCUGAUCAAAGAUAUAUCGAUAAGAACACGAUGAAUUAUACUUGUGUGAUUAAUGUCAGUAUUUGGAUGUUAUCAUUGGUGUAUUAUUUCGUAUGGGGUUAUAGAACUUAUUCUGGUCCAAAAUCAAAUCUUGAAGAAAUAGAUAGUAUCAAUGGUGAAAUCCCACCUGAAAAUCUUGAUCAAAUGUUAGCUGAUGAAAAGGAAAAAGUUUAACCUUGUCUGUCUGUCUGUCUGUCUAUCUUACUUCUCUCUUUCAAUUCAUUGUUUAAAUCUAGUUAUCUAAUUUAUUAUUCUUAUUCUUAU